AUGGCAAAGGGAGACGAGAAGCCCACUACCGCCCAGCAAGGCAAGGGCAAAGCGGUAGAUGACCCAAAGGACACAAAGAAUGAGAAGGAUACCAAGGAGAAAGGCAAGGGAGAUGAGAAGCUGGACCUGCCUGCUGAGGAGCUCAGUGAGGAAGACCAGCAGCUCAAGAAUGAGCUAGAGAUGCUCGUAGAGCGGUUACUGGAACCGGACACCAAACUGUACAAGCCGGCUCUAGAAGCUAUCAAGAACUUUAUCAAGACCUCCACAUCUUCAAUGACGGCUGUGCCGAAGCCGUUGAAAUUCCUGCGGCGACACUACGAGAAUCUCGAGAAAGCGUAUGACGCAUGGCCUGCGAGCGAUAACAAGAUAUCAUUUGCAGAUGUACUCUCUGCUCUCGGCAUGACCUAUUCAGACGAAGAUCGCCACGAUUGCCUGAAGUACCGACUACAAUCAACGACACAAGACAUCGGCUCAUGGGGUCACGAGUACAUGAGGCAUCUAUCGCUAGAAAUUGGGCAAGAAUUUCAAACUCGAUUAAACGACGAUAAAGACACGGAUGACCUGACUGACCUUGCUAUCACACUGGUGCCAUUCUUCCUGAAGCACAAUGCUGAAGCCGAUGCAGUCGACAUUCUCAGCGAGCUUGAGAUGAUCGAGCAUCUUCCCAAGUAUCUGGAUGAGAACACAUACUCCCGUGUUUGUUUGUAUAUGGUCAGCAUGGUACCACUUCUUACCUACCCAGAUAAUGACCGAUUCCUACGAACCGCUUUCGAUAUUUAUGGCAAAUACAAGCAAUAUACACAAGCAAUAGUUAUCGCUAUACGGCUCAAUGACCGCGAGCUAAUUGAACAAGCUUUCAACGCUACGGAAGACAAGUCGAUCCGUAAGCAGAUGGCGUUAAUGAUUGCUCGGCAGCGGAUCUGGCUAGAUCUACCAGAUGGUGACGAUGAGGAUCAAGAGCUUCAAGAGUGCUUAAACAACACAAGGCUACCCGAAUACUUUAAGGCGCUUGGAAAGGAACUUAACAUAUUAGAUCCAAAGACCCCUGAUGACAUUUACAAGACGCAUCUCGAAAGCUCGCGAACAGCUGGCUUAACAAAUACCGACUCCGCAAGGCACAAUCUCGCCAGUGCAUUCGUGAACGCUUUUGUCAACGCUGGUUAUGGUGACGACAAGUUGAUGCUAGUAUCGGACAAUAAAGGCAGUUGGGUCUGGAAAACAAAGGACGAGGGAAUGUUGUCGACGGCAGCUUCGUUGGGCAUGCUAAUGCAGUGGGACGUUGAGAUGGGUUUGGACAAAAUUGAUCCAUACACCUAUCUGUCGGAAGACUCAAUCAAGGCUGGCGCCAUGCUUGCUACCGGUAUCAUCAAUUCUGGUGUUCGCAUGGAUUCCGACCCAGCGAUGGCCUUGCUCGGAGAUUCCGCGAACCUGGACAAUCCAAACGUGUCUAUCCGGAUGGCCUCGAUCAUGGGUCUCGGUUUGGCAUACGCUGGCUCGCAAAAGGAGGAACUCCUGGAUUCCCUGCUGCCAAUUGUUGGCGACACUUCUCUCGACAUGCGCCUCUCUGCUAUGGCUGCCCUAUCGUUAGGUAUGAUCUUCGUUGGCUCAGCACAGAGUGACGUGAGCGAGGCGAUCAUUCAGACCUUCCUAGACGAAGACCGCACAAAACAGCUCAAGGACAAGUGGACGAGGUUUAUGGCUUUGGGCUUAGCACUUCUUUUCUUCGGUCAGCAAGAGGAAGUCGACGUUAUCUUGGAGACCCUCAAGGCGAUCGACCACCCUAUGUCGAAGCCUACGUCGGUGCUGGCAGAAGUCUGUGCCUGGGCAGGCACCGGCGCUGUCUUGAAGCUACAACAGCUUCUGCAUAUAUGCAAUGACCACAUUGAAGAUGACGACGACGAGAAGAAGGGCGACGAGCUCCUUCAAGCGUACGCUGUGAUCGGACUGUCGCUGGUUGCCAUGGGCGAAGAGGUCGGCCAAGAAAUGGUCCUCCGACAGUUUGCCCACCUAAUGCACUACGGAGAGGCAAACAUUCGAAAGGCUGUACCCCUUGCAAUGGGCUUGAUUAGCCCGAGCAAUCCGCAAAUGAAGAUAUACGACACACUUUCGCGGUACAGUCACGAUAACGACAAUGACGUGGCUGUUAAUGCUAUAUUUGCUAUGGGUCUUGUUGGCGCUGGUACAAACAAUGCUAGGUUGGCACAACUCCUCCGCCAACUUGCAAGCUACUAUCAUCGCGAUGCGAACGCUUUGUUUAUGGUACGCAUCGCACAAGGUCUGCUUCAUGCGGGUAAGGGGACAUUGUCUUUCAACCCCUUCCAUACGGAUCGUCAAGUCCUGUCUAGAGUCUCCGCCGCUGGUUUAUUGACGGUGCUUGUGUCCUUGAUCGAUUCCAAGCAAUUCAUACUUGGUGAUUCACACUACCUCCUAUACUACCUCGUUACCGCUAUGCAUCCUCGCUUCUUGAUCACUCUCGACGAAGAGCUCAAGCCACUCCAGGUCAACGUACGCGUUGGUCAAGCUGUGGAUGUAGUCGGUCAGGCUGGCCGCCCCAAGACUAUCACUGGGUGGCAAACACAGAGUACACCUGUGCUGCUGAGUCAUGGUGAGAGGGCCGAAUUGGAAGAUGAACAGUACCUGAGUCUGAGCAGUGUGCUGGAAGGUGUGGUAAUACUUCGAAAGAAUCCUGACUGGGAG